AUGCCCCAUGAGAUUGACAGAUUUACUCUCCAUACUCUUGGUUCUUGGGAUAUGAAGGAAGCUUGGGAUCGGCCUUUCACCAGCCAUCCAAAGAAAGCUCCAGGAACAGGGGAACUAGUUAUACUGGGGGUGGAUGGUGUAAAACCAUUCUAUGUAGUUGGAGUUCUAUCCGCUGAUGGAAAGAAACUAGCUCACAAGGUUGAUCUCAACCUUGAUAGUGGUGUCCUCAGCCAUGAGAUAGGGGUUACCCUGAAGUAUAAUGUUGUCAUGGAUCAUCCUCUGCUACUAGACAUAAGUAGACCCUUCAAGGGAGGCGCAUUGAUCCAUUAUGAGACGGGUGGACAUGCAAGGAUUGGAGUUAUGCCCCGUUAUGGUGAUGCUGAUUCAGUUAAGUGGUUUGACGUGGCUACACAUUGUACAUUUCACCUUAUAAACAGUUUUGAAGAUGGGGACGAGAGAAAUUUUGAACCCGUUGAAGAGAUUGGUGGAGCUAUUGAAGUUGAUUGCACUGAUGGGAAAGUUCCAGAGGACUUUCCAGAGGGUGUUUACAUAAGAAUUGGCCCGAAUCCUCGAUUUGGAGGUCCAAAGUCGGCAGUUUCAAUUUUUGGGAGAACCAACCACAUUUGGGUAGAAGGAGAAGGAAUGCUUCAUGCUCUAUAUUUCAAAAAGAAUGCCACUGGAGAUUGGACCUUGGCCUACAACAACAGGCAGGUUGUAUCUGAAACAGUGAAGUCAGAAAAAGAAAGAAACAAACUUGCUUUUAUUCCUGCGGUAGAUGGAGAUGCACUCGGGAUCUUAGCAGCUUAUUUUUUCAAUCUGUUGAGAUUUGGGUCAGUCAAUAAAGACUUGAACAAUACUAAUGUUUUUGAGCAUUCGGGGAAGCUCUUCACAAUUACGGAGAAUCACAUGCCCCAUGAGAUUGACAGAUUUACUCUCCAUACUCUUGGUUCUUGGGAUAUGAAGGAAGCUUGGGAUCGGCCUUUCACCAGCCAUCCAAAGAAAGCUCCAGGAACAGGGGAACUAGUUAUACUGGGGGUGGAUGGUGUAAAACCAUUCUAUGUAGUUGGAGUUCUAUCCGCUGAUGGAAAGAAACUAGCUCACAAGGUUGAUCUCAACCUUGAUAGUGGUGUCCUCAGCCAUGAGAUAGGGGUUACCCUGAAGUAUAAUGUUAUCAUGGAUCAUCCUCUGCUACUAGACAUAAGUAGACCCUUCAAGGGAGGCGCAUUGAUCCAUUAUGAGACGGGUGGACAUACAAGGAUUGGAGUUAUGCCCCGUUAUGGUGAUGCUGAUUCAGUUAAGUGGUUUGACGUGGCUACACAUUGUACAUUUCACCUUAUAAACAGUUUUGAAGAUGGGGACGAGGUGGUGGUGAGGGGAUGCAGGGCGUUCAAUUCUGUCAUUCCAGGCCCCGAUCUUGGAGAAGAUAAGUUGGAGUGGUUCUCAAGGGGAUUUAAACCUCUAAAGUCAAUUGAAGACAAUGUUGAUGGUUCAACAGAAGAUGGAUUUCUUUUUUGUCGUGUAUGUGAAUGGAGACUAAACAUGGUAACUGGGGAGGUUAAGGAGAAAAAUCUCACCGGAAUCGACUUCUCUAUGGAUAUGCCUGCAAUCAAUGGAAAUUUUACUGGUCUUAAACAUAAGUAUGGGUACACUCAAGUUGUUGAUUCCAUGGCUAGCUCUAGUUGUGGCCUACCUAAAUACGGAAGUCUGGGAAAACUAUACUUCGAGGAAGGAUGCUCUGAGCAAUCUAUGGGGGAGGGACAGAAUGAGCAGUUUAUAAAAGUGGAGUAUCAUAGGUCUGCUGUAAGCAACUUCUACACUGGAAUGUUUUUUGUCCCUAAGCAGGGAGGUCCUGAAGAAGAUGAUGGUUGGAUCGUCUCUUUUGUUCACAACGAAGAGACUCAUGUGUCCCAAGUCCAUAUACUCGAUGCAAAGAAUUUUGAGGGCGAGCCUAUCGCCAAAAUAACAAUGCCGCAGAGGGUGCCAUAUGGUUUUCAUGGAACUUUUGUACCGACUCCUAUUGGGCAUCAACUCAAUAUUGUGUAA